AUGUGUAUCACACUGUGGCGCCGAUAUUUCUGCCCCAAAGCUCCUAAUCUCCUGCAAUUGCCAGAUUCAGGCAAUUUUGUGGCAACACACCCCAGGCCAAAACCAGCAGUACCCAACCACCAUUUGCUGUCCGAAGACGAUGGCGUCUACAGAGAGAAUGCCCAUGACCCAAGUGACAAUGUUCCAGAUGGAAAGCACAUACACUGGAUCAAGAACUUGAUACGCUGUAGUCAUAUAUACGCCAGGCAAUGUGCUGAUCUGUCCUCAGAUAUGAUCAAGAUUCAGUAUAUCAACAGCGUUUGCCCGAACUGUUCGGGCGACAUCGACAUUCACGUCGAAGACCACGACCUCAUCCUGGAGGAAUUCGACAUUCACCCCCGGAUCCCCACAGAAAACGAACGGGACGUAGCCCUUGACGUCAGAUUUGAAGGGUAUAAGGAAUACUACCUGCUCCAUCUCCUCCAACUGGUGAUGUGGGUCCUCUACAAGCCUUAUCCUAUGCCUGGGCAGGGCGUAGCUUGGACUAAUGCCAUUUCAAACGUCUGGCCGGAAACAUUUUGCAAACUAAGAAUGAGUCACAUUGGGCACGAAGAAGAAGAUUGUGACUGUGUCUCGACACUUGAAGAGUGGCGCGCUAACUUGGCGUACUCCAUACGAAAGAAUGAGGCCAAGGCAGUCUUGAAUCACAUCAACAAUAUACCAAACGGCGAAAUCAGUCAGUUUUGGUCAAGUCCAAUCCUUGUACAAGUGGCAGAUGGCGUGAUAACCGAAGAUUGGCGCCUGAGCCAGAGGGCAUUGGAAAUAUACAAUCGAUAUGAGGACGUUGACUUUCCACUGAGACAAAUGGAAUUCGUAAACCUCCGCAAUGAGGUGUAUGGCCGCCGCUUAUCUAGGCUGUACCAUUUAUCGGAGCAAUGCCACAUCGAGCUUCUCCAACGGGGCCAGGCAACCUCACAACAAUAUCCAGCUAACGCAGCUUACAUGACGCGAAGAAUUCAUUGGCUGGGUCUGGACAAUUGGAGAGAUUCACUCGCCAGGCGCCACCUAUUGCUGGACUGGCUGUAUCAGUUUCUAGCUUGUGAUGCGGGGCUGGACGAGGAGGUCAUGAUGUACUUGGGUGGCGCGCUUCUGGCGAUUCUCAACCCCUGGCCAAAUAGGCAGCAUUACCCCCAUCCCUCUCAUCCGCAACCGCAGGCCUUCGACCCGGACCUCGCGGCAUGUGAUGUCUUACAGGAGUGCGUGUACCUAAUAGAGGAGCAGUGGCCUUUGGACGGCAAUAGCGCCAUCAUGCGGAACCUUACUAGGUCUACGACCUCAACGGCGCAGCUUGCAGACGUCAUCGACCGCAACCGGCGGAUUGUGAUACGGGACAUCACGGAGCGUAACCGCUCCGCCGACGCCAAGUCACAGGCACUUAUAGCCACUCCGGAGCAAGCUAACCAGGAGGGAGACCACCAGUGUGCUGUGUGCCAGAUGCCGUGGGACCAUGCGCCCUGCCACGAACCGGUGCAGAUGCCGUGCUGCAGGAAGUACAUUGGACGGCGGUGUCUGAAGAAGUGGCUAGCACAGAAGCCGCUCCGAAGAGCGUUGGCCGAUCAGCCGGAGACAGAUGUGACAUGGGCGGCCGAGUGGAAUUGUCUGUUGUGCCGGGGCCAGAUUGGACCGCAUUUCUCACCGAACCUCAACCUUGGGUCCUUGUUUGGGCCAUCGAGCAUUCGACAUAUAACUUUUCACAGCAGAAUGGAGCCGCAGCCGCGGCCGCCACAAUAUUGGGAUCAUAUGCGUAGGUUGCAGGAGGAAAAUGGAGCAGAGGGGCAAUCACAAUAG